AUGAAUGACUUGGUUGUAUUCACCAGGGACGAGGUGGCAUCGCAGAACAUAUCAAAUUACGCAGUUUGGUAUUUAGAACUCACUUCUGAAAGUCGUACCCCACUUAUCUUUUUUUUAUCCGCAUGCGGUAACAAAAUAUUUAAAAUGUUUUAUGUGGAGAAGCCGGGUAUCGAUCCCGGUUUUCAAGCAUGCAAAGCUAGCGUUCUACCAUACGUCCAUAGCUGUCAAAGAUCGGCUCAACUUCUGUUGCAACAAUCAACAACAUUAACAACUAGCAAAACUUGA